GCUGCUCAAGCCUUCGCUUGCUGCAGCCAGGGCACAACACGCAACGCAGCGCAGCGCUCAGAGCAUCCACAGCCAGUCAGCAUGGAUAAAACUUUCGCCCAGUACAGCUCGAGGUGGUUCUUCCUGACAGCAGCAGCGCUUUGCUUAUGUGGGGCCAAAGGCAAGGUAUAUUAUUCCUGUGGUGCAGUACUGGAAUCCAUGGAAAGAGGCCUUAUUUUAUCACCAGGUUUUCCAAAUAACUACUACCCAGGGACACAUUGUGUUUGGCAGUUUUUCAUUCCUAUUAGAACCCAUCUUAUCUUGGAAAUUCUUGACUUUGAUGUAUUUGAGAGCUCAAAUGAAGCUCCAGACCCAUGGGAUGACUUUUUUUCUUCUUCUAAAAGAAACAAUAAAGAGAUGUUUCCUAUUGAAGAAAACUCUGACCGUCCCAGCGCUCUUGCUACUACACAAACCUCUGGUCUGGCAGAAAUCUCAAAGGCGAGCCAGAAACAUAGCAGCUCAGGAGCCCAGCCAAAGAGUCUUGCUGGCCACUAUGAUGGAUUCCCCGUAACUACCUCCAAAAAAGAAGAAUACAAACAAACAUAUGAAGAAAAACCGUUCAGACAGAUGGAAGAACCUAGGGAAAUAGCAAAGGUGCAUCCAGAUGGACUGCCAUUCACUGUGGCUGGCAGUACCACUGUUGUGCAGCAAGAUAUCAGUGGUCUAGAGAUGAACAGAGAUUUGAAAAGGAAAGUCCUGCUUGCCCACCACAUUGCUAGAAGGAGAGAUGAGGACAGUGGACAGAGUCAGACUGUAUCAACUGUCUUACCAAACAUUAGAUCCACCACCCAGCAGUUAUCUGCAGAUGUGUGUCCCCAUGAUGUAUUAUAUGUUUCUGACCUCAUCACAUUUUCCUCUCGAUUCUGUGGCACAAACUUGCCUUUAAACAAGACCAUGGUCUUCAGUUCCUCUCUGGAGAUGGUAGAGGUAAUUAUGGAGCUCAUAACUACCACAGACCGUGGGAGGGGCUUUGCAAUGCUCUUUGAAUACAAGAACAUCACAGAAACUAAUGUCCUGGAUGUAGUGAUGCAGGAUGAAAAGGAAAGCACAAUGAUGCUGGCAAUAAUAACUGGAAUAGUUUUCUUUGCCCUGGUUCUUCUGUCUACUCUCUGCAUAACUUGCAGGCAAAAAACGUGUCCCAAAAGGAACCCUUCCAAUGCACGCAGUGAGCAGGAGAAUGGGAUCCAGAACUCCGCCAUUGAUAUCAAUGAGCUCCAGCUUGUGGUGCCAACUCGAGAGAAUGAAAACAACAAUCACACUGUCAGCCGGGACCAAGUGGUCUCUUCCUCUGGAGGCAGCGCAGAACACUCUUUGCAGCAUACUGACCCAGACAUGCCCUCUUCUGUGUCUGCAGUGACCACUGAAACUGGGAGCGAUGAAGUCUUUAUUAUUUCAGCCAGUCCUGGUGCCAGCGGGUUGAGUUUUACCACUUACAGAAUACAGGACAAAAACCUAAAAAGAAGUGUCACAAGUCCAGCUUCUGUGUCAGACUGGCUGACUUCUGGUAACAUGGCGCCAGGAGCAAGUACUAUGGAUAAAGGGAACAUGCAGGCAGAGAACCAUCAUCCAAGGCAACGGACAUGGAGUGCCCGCACAUUUCAUGACUUGCUGGCUCCAUUACCUCAGUUACAGAAAAAAUGGUAUAGCUGGACUACUAACAGCCCCUUCACUAAGCUGGUAGACAGCAGUGGUCUUUCUACAUCUACAAGAAACCAGAGUGCAACAACCAGACAAGUAAUUUCAGCCACUGAAAUAGAGGGAAUCUCAGAUGGUGUUUAUUCUGACUCGUCCGCCAGCACUGCAUCAUAUCUGCUCACUCAGUCUACACAAAGGCAGGGAAAACUGAGCUCUUCUAGCUUGAAGAAAUCCAGGUUUGGGAACCCUUACUUUGGGUUUUUAACUAGUUCUCCUGAUUGCAAGCAGAUGAGGUCCUUGGAUUCCUCAAGACAUGUGGGGAUGACACCUCCACUUGACAGCCAAAGCCUGGGCCCUGCUGGCUUCAAAAGCAACUUAAUCAACUGUUCGAAAACCAAGGAGCUCUCAUUAGAAAUGGACAAAUCCAAACCAACUUUUGCUAUUUCUGAAGAAGGAGAUGACCAGCAACCUUUGGUCCUAGCAGAGCACCUGAGUCAGUGUAGAGAUACUCUGUCUGAGCAAAAUGUUGCAUAUGCUUCAGUGAAAGCUAUGCCUGAUAAACAGCCAAUAGUCUUGACUGUUCAGGAAGACAGCUCAGCCAGGCCUCCCAAUUUCUCACUGGAUCUCCCCAUUUGGGAAAAGUCUCCCAAUUUGUAUGGAGAACACAUGAAAACCCACAGCUCUUCCAGGGUCCAGUGCAGCUUGCCUAUUGCAGACGUGGAUACAAUUGAGUCACUGCAGAAUUUUGACUCGUUAGCUGCUCAUACACUCUGUCAAUCAUUGGUUCAGUGAACCUUCCAGAGCAACUAAAGCAAUCUGAGAGAACAGAUCCAAUAAGGACCACAGCGGUUCCCUUUUUGGCUGGAGAAGAAGCUUCUGUGCUUACAGAGAGUAGCAAGUAUGGACAGAGGAAACUUCCCCUCCCGCCCCCCAUCAGCAGAUUAGAAUUAUGGGAAAAGGUAACCUAACAAAGCACAAAACAAAGUUGUCUUUUCGCACACUCAGUUGGACCUAAUGUACAUGACAAUCAUGUUCUCAGUCCUAUUCUCCCACAUGGAAUUUUAAUUGUAGCUUAUGAAAGAGUGGCAAGUGAUUCCUCUAAGAAGGUAUUUAAUACUAAGUAAUUGUUUUCUGGUAUUUUUGGGGAAAAAAAUCAAUGAUCUGAUUGAUUACUUGGCAUCAUUGUUCCCUGUAAGCUUGGACAGCCACCCAGGAGGGAUUCAGAUUCUACCCAGCUGAUUAGCAGAACACCCACAGCCGCACACCAUGUAUUUCUACUGAUGGUGCACAUCCAUAUGUAUAUCAGUGCACAUAUAAUUUAUUCCACAUAUAGAUGGAAAAAAUUAAAGGGGGACAUUGCUUGUCACGUCACUUAAAAUGUAGACCAGUUCUCGGGGUUACUGUGGUGUCACUUUUUUCUUUGCUGCAAGUUAUGAACCAAAUUCUGCUC